AUGGGACCGAUCCAGGAGAUCCCUGAGACUUUUCAGGAUCAUUCCUCAGACCCUUUUGAUGCCAUCACAUCUCAUCACAUCUUAUCAACCACGUGCUUCCCUUGCAUGCACCCAAAAGAAGAUGCAUCCCCUUGUUCUUUCUUUGCCUCCCUCAAUGCUCUCCACAUCUCAGUCUCCACCUUCACCCAUGUUCCCCUCGCUUUUCACUCUUCGCUGCCUGGGGAAACACUCUGCCUCUGCUGUGCCUAUGGCUUUCAUGUCAUUAUCACCUGCAUCUGCCUCAAGGUGCUUUUCUUUGCGAUUUCAGCCAUUUGUCUCUUGUUUGGCAGGCAUCCCCUUGACCUUUCUCUGCGCUGUCUGUUUCGUAUAGAGAUUUCGCGUGCGCCUUUGUCGCUCAUCCCUUUGGCCUCCCCAACUUCUCCUAGGCCCUGUGCACCUUCCUCACACCUGUUCCAUUGUGCCUUACUGGCAUCGUCUCAGCACCCCCCCAGUCCUCUGGGGGAGGACCAGUCUGCAAUCCAUGAGUUCACUUGCAAAAUUUGCUGGACUGCAUCCUGCUCGCCUCGCUUGAUGCUUUGGUUUAGCCAAGUGCCAGCGAGCGAGUCGCUGCCGACUUCCAAGCAGGCUCUGACAGGCUUCAACCAGGUUUCCAAAUACAUCAAUUCACGACAGUCCAUGAGCUUGCUUGGUGGCCACAACAGCUCCUCCCUUCAAGCUUGCUUGACUGCUGCAAUGGCUCCUCACCUCGGCUUCAUUGACCGCUCUCUGUGGUGA